AUGUCCGAUACACCUCCACAAAAACCCAAGAUCCCGCAUUAUAGUCAUUUGCAAUCUGAACCAGUGCCAAUGUCAUUUGCGUCACCACAACUCUUGGCUCAAAUUACAGCUGGAACGGCUAAUCCUUUUCCUAAUUCAUAUAUGAAAACAACAAAUCAAGUACAUAUGCCAAUGACAGGUUCAGCAUAUGAUAAAAUGCCUACAACUUAUCAAUCACAACCUGCACCACUAAUGAAUAAUAAUAAGAAUAAUACUGCUUCAUCAUCUUCUGAUUCAAAAUUAAUAAAACCAUUACCUCCACAACCCAUUGAUGCAAGCACAUUUAAAGGCUUUAAAUUUGUAACACUUGAUGGUUUACAAGUGGAAACAAGAGAAAUAUAUGAUAAAAUUAGUGGAACAUUUCAAUGGGAAAUGUGUGAAAGUCAAGAUGAUCGAUGUAUCAAUUUUAUACGUAAUGAAUGUGCUAAUAGACGAGUAUUUUUUGUAUCAUCCGGUGGACUUGGACAAAAAGUUGUUCCAGAAAUCCACGAUUUACCACAAGUUUAUGCUAUAUAUAUUUAUUGUGCGAAUGUAAAAUUCCAUGAAACAUGGGCAAAAAAAUAUUCGAAAGUACGCGUUGUCUGUGAUAAUGAUGAUCUUUAUUUAUUGCCACAAUUUGCUGUUGAUGUUGCACAAGCAAAUAUCGAUUGGGGCAAUGCUCUACUUAGUAAACAAGAUACACGUGAUAAAGCAAAAGAAAAAUUUAAAUUAGCAUCGGAUAAAUUAAAUAAUUAUGCUCGUAAUCAUGAUCCAGCUAUGGAUAUUGAAGUUAAUAAUAAAUUAGAAGAAUGUAAAUAA